CUCCAGCAGCAGCUUGACUCUCCCAGGCCCAAAGACCCCAUCGCUCACGACCUCGCGCCAUGUUCUGCACCAAAGUGUUCUCUGUCCUGCUCGCUGCGCUCUUUGCGCUCCAGGUCCAUGCCUACCCCAACGGCUCCCCCGUCUGCGACUUUGGCAACGGCACCGAAGUCGCUGAGCCAAUGCGCAUGCAAGUCCAGGCGCCUAUCUUUGCCCUGUCCUCGUCCUCGGCCGCCUAUACCCCCGGCUCGGCUCUGAACAUCACCCUCAAGAGUACCACCAACAACUCGGCCGCGUUCUUCACCGGCAUCCUGCUCUAUGCGGUCGCUGGGGACGGCUCCCGCGUCGGUACUUGGCAGCUCUCGUCCGGUUACAAGACUCUGUCGCAGUGCGACUCGACCAACGCUACCCUGACCCACUCCAACAACAAGAACAGACCCUCCGGCACCACUCUGCGCUGGCGGGCUCCCGCCUCGGCCGUCGGUAGCGUCACCUUUGUUGGUGUCAUUGUCGUUCCCAACUCGCUUCUGCCUCCUCUCCACGCUCGUGCCGCUGCCCAACAGUCCGACAUGAACGUUGAGGUCCUUGCCAACUUUACUCUGGCUGGUCCCAGCUCGCCCUCUUCCUCCGGCUCCCCCAGCCCUUCCAGCACUGCCAAGGCCGCCAGCGCUGCCGCUGGCUUCCAGACGACCACCGCCUUGAUCUAUGCCCUUGCGAUUUCUAUGACCUUUGCUUUGUACUUUGUUCAGUAAACCUAACCUCCCCGGGACACUGGACCUCUCGCUAUUCUAUGAUCCUGUUGUCUAUGAGCACAUCCUCCUCGGGACGAGGAUGGUAAAUAUCGAAAUGUAAUACAUGAACGCGACUGCAUUGUGCAGGUCAGUG